AUGGCGGACAUGCACCGGCCGAAAACGACGCAUGAGCUUUAUGACGAAACUCGGGAUUUUGGGCCUCGGCUGCUCAGCCUGGAAAAUGACUACGAGGACUUUCUCCCCAUCAGCAAGUUGCAUCCCGAGCCGCCGUUAGAAACCGACACUGUGCCCGAAGAUUUUGUACGCCCCCCCGGGGCGAGCCACACGCUGAGCGACACAUGGCUUCCGCCACCGGAUCCUGACGAGGGCCAGUUGGUGCAGGAUAUCGAUGACCCCACACACAACCAGGUUGCCGAGGCCGUGGAAAGGGCGGUCAUGAACGCAACGCCUCGGACCCCGCUCCCACUGGUCGAGGCAAAAAGAGAGCAGGACCUGCUGAAAUCCCUCAUCGGCUCCUUCCCAGCAGCCUCCCAGGUGCGGCUCAUGCAGGAUCCCACAAACCCCGAGCGGUUGAUGCUCACGCAGGACGGCACCGCCUAUAUCUACCGGGGCCGCGGACCGGUAUUCCGCAACAACUCAUGCGCCGUGGACUGCGUUAUCGCCGUCGGCAAAAUGCUGGACGUCGGAUCCACGGUGAUGGAUCGGCAAAUGCCCCAUUGGCACGAAAAACUUGGCCGCGUGGAAAAGGCGUUCAUCGAAGCCACCGAUGUGAACUGGGAUGUAUGCACGGUGACCCAGAGCAUUGAGAUGCGCGACCGUUUCUGGGAGGUGGCCGCCGCUGAACAGCCCGCCAUUGUCGUGGGCAACAACGGCCCUCUUUGGUCCGUCUGGAAGGCCGCGGCCGGCAGUUUCCCCCAGUUCCGGUACACCGUGGAGGAGGAGAGGUCUUGUCAAGGUUCGCUCUGUCCAUUCAAAGAGACGGACAUGCAACAAAAAUCCUCCGUCAUCUUGUCGGGCAGGGCCCAAAGACGCAAGGAGAAGACAGUGCCCAUGCCGGAGCUGUUGCCGCGUCACUUCUCGCGAGAGACCCGGGAAGCUUGCCCGAGAUGUCACAGAAUGGACAGCCUGCUUGUGCGCAAGCGAUUCAGUUCGCUGCCGGCGCGCAUGGUGGUCACGGUGGACGGCUCGAUUUCCACCAAACGGCACACCGGCGACAUCGAGAUCAUGUACACCGACCUUAAUGGUGUGGAGAAGACAGCCGUCUACCGCUGGCUGGGUGGCAUCUAUUGCCAGACCGACCACUUCCGCGUCUAUUGGACCGACACCAACCGGGGGGAGGAGGACAAGGGCGGAGUCCGCCUCUACGACAGUCUGAUGAACCUCGGACUCGUCGUCGGCGGCAUUCGGCGGCUCAAUCGACUCGAAAAGGUCCCCAAAGCCUGGUGGAAGGACAAGGCAAUCCCGCUUCUGAUCUACGAGUUGGUUCCAAACCCGACCCGGGAGGUCCUCGUCACUGCGCGACGCACCGUUAGUGAAAUGCUCGAGCACCAGCGGCAGGGUCGGCCGAUCCUCAAGCACCACAACCCAUGGGCCAGCACGAAUGACCCGGAAACCGUGCCCAGGCCCGUGUUCUGGAACCGAAUCCUGCCCCUUGACGUGCCGUACUACUACCAGUCCCACGGGGGGUACCAACCGAUGGGCAUGUCCGACGCCAACUUCAUUGCAGCCGCGACGCUGGCGCGCUCGAUGUCGUUCUCGCGGGGGAUGUCGCAGGGCUCGGAGGGGAUGCAGGGCAUCUUGUCGUCACCAAACGGCCAACUCAACUCUGGCGUGCCGGGGCUGAACCCGCAGAUGGGUGGUAAUAUGACGGGGUUCACGCCUCCUGGGAUCCCGCCUUUUGGGUUCUCGCCUGCUAUGGGUGGAUUGCUACCGAAUGCGUCUACAGGGAUGACUCCCUUGGCCGGGAUGUUAAAUCUAAACGGCACGAACCCCAACGGCACGGCGAACAACAACAACAACACGGAUAACAAUGCGAACAACAACACGGGGGCUAACAACGCAAUGAGCUACAUCGCGAACAGCAACACGAACGGCAUGAUGAACAAUGCAGGGAUGGCAACGGGGUUCUCUCCACUGCUCGGCAACAUGGCCGGAUGGACUCCUCCUCAUGGAAUGCCUCCCAUGUUCAACACGGGCGGCACAACUGGACUGUCUCCUCUGAUGAACGCGACGGGGUUGUCUCCUCUGGUAAAUGCACACGGGUACUCGCCCUACAUCUCCCCCUAUUUCUCGCCCAACUUUAAUCCUCCUUUCACACCGGGAAUGCUUGGAGGCGCCCAUACGUUCUCUCCGGGUUUCUUCAACUCCGUCAUAUCCCCGUUUGGAAGUCCCCUGCCGGGGGUGGCCGGCAAUGGUAACGGUAAUGCCAACAGCCCGGGCAAUGCCAACCCGGGCAAUGGGAACAACCAAGACAAUGCCAAUAACCAAGGCGAUGCCAAUGAACCGGCCAAUACCAAGGGUCAGGAGAACACCAGCAGCCAGGCCAGCCGGAAUGGCAAGAAUGCCGCGGCCCCGGCGGCGAAUCCGUCGCCCAAUACCAUGAACAUGAUGGGCGGUUUAAACCCUAACAUGAUGGGCGGUUUCUCCCCAAACAUGAUGAACUACUUCUCCCCCGGCACGAUGCAGGGGUUCAAUCCGGGCGUCAUGCCCGGGUUCUCGCCCCAGCCGCCCGUCAACAUGAUGACACCGUCCGCGUUCAACACCAACACCAUCAACCCACAGCUGCUGAGCCUCAAUCCGAACCAGCAGCCCAACAUCUUCGACUACGCUCUGGCAGGCCAAAGCCCUCCCCGCAACGGCAACGGCAACUUCGACCCGAUCUACGGCAACCGGGACCCGGCAGCCGAGCUGACGGACCUGCUGGACGACACGGCGACGGUGUACGAAGACGCCAUGGACACGGAGAUGCAGCUCGACGACAACGCGCCGGCGUCUCCCCAGUCGUGGACUCAGGAUCCGGGGCCGGGUGGGGUCGGGGCCAUGCCGCAGUUUGUCGGGGCGGCUGAGACCGAGGACAGUGACUCGGGGCCGGAGGGACAGGUUCCCACGCCGCGGUCGAUGACGCGGUCGAUGACGCGCAAGCGCCGGGUUGAGGAGGUGUAUGUGCCGGACGGGGAUGAGCACGGUAGUGACUCGAGCGUGGUUGAGCAGCCGGUGCGCAAGCGGCCGGUGCGGAAGGCGGCGAAGAAGAAGAGGGUGCCGUAA